GGGCGCCCAGGUGCGUUCUUCCUCAAGGGCCGGGCGGCGGAGACGGCAGCAUCCGAGCAGCCGGAGGAGGAGGCAGACGAGAAGAUGCCACUGUCGCUGCCACCUCAGGGCGACCACGGGGAGUCCAGUCCGUCCAGGACCCCCAAGAAGCACGCCUCUUUCCAUAUCUGGCGCUCCAAGAAGAAACAGCAGCCUCCGCGGUCUGACUGCGGGGUGUUCAUUCCGCACCCGCCCCCGGCGCCCCUCGGCGAGGCCAGAGCUUUGGAGGUAGUGGAUGGAGGCCGUGUGGCUGGAGAGUGCCAAGAAUUUACAUUGCACUUUGGGGAGUCCCGGUUCUUUCACACCACCUGUGAGGUGCCUGGUCCUUCACAUACAGAGUCUGGAAUGUUUAAAAAGUCCAGCGCACAACCACCAGAAGAGAAUAAAAGGAAACCAGUUUUGGGAAAACUCGGCACUCUGUUCACGGUAGGAAGGAGAAGGAACACCAAAAACGGGUUAGAAAGUCCCACCAGCUCAAAUGCCAAAUCAGUCUCUCCCAAAGAAGUAACCUUUUCCAAACUCCCCGAAACAGAGACUGAGAAGAGUCAACUUCGGGGCAGCCAACGAAAGCAGACAGACACGUGCGAGGAGGGCUCACCCAAGGAGAAGUGCCAGGAGCCGAAGGGCCAGCGCCCCGAGGGCUGCGUCCAGGCGGCCCACCCGGACGCCGAGAGGUCACCUGGCUCGGGCAGCCGUGCCAAGGAGGCGGCUGUGCAGCAGGGCCAUGAAAGUGAUUCACCCCAAUUAGAACUAAUGGAGGCAGAGGGAGAGACUUUCCCAGCUGCCAGCACCGCUGCCAAGCAGCUUCAUUCCUCACUAGAGAAUUCCUCCGGGCAGGAGAACGCAGAGACGCUCGCCCGUACUCCGGGGGAGGACGCUUCGCCCGGCGCUGGCCGCGAGCAGGAGCCAGCUCGGGGAGCGAGGGGCGUGCCGGGCUCGCCCGCCGGGGCCGCCCGCGUGUGUGCCCAAGGAGGCUCUCCGGAACACCAAGACGCGCCGAGCCAGCCCCCCGAGGACGCAUCGGCUCCUGCAGGCCACCGUCCCGCUGAGGGCGCAGAGAACCAGGCGGGUUCGGCGCCUGCAAACAGCAAAGCCGACCCCCCGGGGCGAGACUAUCGGCCCCACGAGCGCGCCCACCCCGCCAAAUUGUUGACUUUGGACAUCUACUUGAGUAAGGCUGAGGUGGCGCGGGUGGACAAGCCGGUCGUGAUCAGUCCCGGGGCUGAAGAUUCCGGCGAUUGCGAAGAUAUGGAGAAGAGGUCGAGCGGCCGAAAGUUGGGGAGGCGGCGGAGGUCGCAGAAAUCCACCGACUCCCCCGGUGCUGACCCGCCGCUGCCCGACUGCGCGCCCCGGAACGACGCGGUCUUCGACAACGAGGUGGCGCCAAACGCGGCCGCCGGGAACGGCUCUGCUGAAAAGAAAGUGAAAUCUCCGCGGGCGGCCCCCGACGGGGGCGUUGCCUCUGUUUCCGGCCUAGAGUCCCAGCCCAGCCCCGACCCCAAAGGGCAGCCGCUAGCGGAGUCGGAGCGGAGCAAACAGCCGGCGCCCGCCUCGUCCCCCACCAAGAGGAGGGGCCGAAGCCGCGUUCCGGAGGCCGUGCCCACCUCACCCGCCGGCGGCGCGCGGGCUCCGGCCAAGGACUCCACUCCCAGGAGGGCGUCCGGCCCCGGCCCCGGCCCGGCCGCCAAGGAGAGAGGGGAGGAGGCGGCCCGGGUUAUCUGCCGCAAGCUUAUGGUGAAGAGCAGCUCGCUGCUGCCCGAGAUCAAGCCCGAGCCCAAGAGCGGGCCGCUCCCCAACCUCUUCGACGGCCGGGGAGAGGGAAGUCGAAGCAAAGAGCUGGGCAAAUCGGUCGGAGGUUCUGACGCCGACGGCUUGAAGCCCAGGAACCAUUUCGGUGUGGGCAGAUGGACAGUGACCACUAAAGUGACCAUCCCUGCCAAGCCCAAACAUGUGGAACUAAAUCUUAAAACCCCUAAGAAUCUUGGCAGUUUGGGAAACAGGCAUAAUCCAUUUAGCCAGCCAGUUCACAAAGGAAACACUGCCACCAAAAUCUCCUUAUUUGAAAACAAGCGGCCAAACAACAGCCCAAGACACACUGACAUUCGAGGUGCGAGGAACACUCCUGCCUCUAAUAAAACAUUUGUCGAGAGGGCACAGCUGAAUUUAGUCAAAAAAGCCAAGGAAAUGGAGCAGCCUGAAAAGAAGGGGAUGCCAGAUAGUCACCAGAAUGGUGUGCUGGGGAAGGAAACCUGUGCAGAAGCCAAAGUUACUGUUCCUGAAGAGGAGACUCCUGGUUCCCAGCUUAACCAAGGUGAUAAGGUAGAUGGGCAAACAGAUGCUGGCUGCCCUUCUGAACCAGUGGUUACUGCUCUGAUUCCUGUUAAGGACCACGAGCUGUUAGGAGAGGACGACUCAAAGGCUGCUGACAGCAAAAGACUUGAACGUGAAAAUAUGACUGAUACAGCACAAGACAGCCCUGCCAUUCUUGAGGCCAAAGAUUCACCUCCAACAGCCAUACCAAAGCCACAGGAUGGAUUUUCUGACUCACAGCACCCAGCUGGGUCAUCUAAUGGGCCUUCUCUUUCACUGGCUGCCCCCAUUCCUGUGGAUGAUCCCAAAGACACAUGUGCUCAAGCUCCUGUAAGCAGUUUUCCGUGCACUGAUCUAAAAGUGUCAGAAAACCAUAAUGGAUGUACUCUGCCCGUGUCUCAUCAGAAUAAUGAGAUGUCCCCCUCUAGACUUGCAGGAGGAGGAGGGGGAGAAAGAAGCCCUCCUUUGUCCUCAGAGCACAGCCUGGCAGCUAUGGGAAAUGAGUGUUCAUCCAAGGUCCUUGUCCAGGUCAGGUCCUUCGUGCUCCCUGUGGAGAACACCAAGGAUGUCCACUCUCGGAUCAUCUCAGAUAGCUCUGAAGUUAGAGAAGCACAGUUGCCAAGCUGUCACAAUAAUGAACUUGAAGUGGUUUCUGUUGCAAGUUGUACUCCCCAGAAAGAGGAAGUACAGGGCAAUAAGAGCACAUCACCCAAACACAUUCAUUGCACAGAGGAACAUGUAGCAAAAUCUGGCCCACAAGUCAUGCCACCCGAAUCAGAAAAAACUGUGCCUAUUCAGGGCAACGGAAAACCCCUGAAGACUGAAUCCAGCACCACCAGCUACCCUGGCAACAGAAAUCAUUUAGAAACCCCUCAAAGACCCGAUCAAAAUGUUGUAAAUGGCCAGGACAGUCCUGCCAGCCUUUUGAACAUUUCUGCUGGUAGUGAUGAUAGUGUUUUCGAUUCUUCUUCUGAUAUGGAAAAAUUCACUGAGAUUAUAAAAAAGAUGGACAGCGCAGUUUGUGUGCCCCAGAAGAAAAAGAAGGCCAGGAUGCCAAACUCCCCUGCCCCUCACUUCGCCAUGCCUCCUAUUCAUGAGGACAAUUUAGAAAAGGUGUUUGAUCCCAAUGUGUUUACCUUUGGUUUGGGUAAGAAAAAGGAAGGCCAGCAAGAAGUGUCACCGGCUUUACAUUUGAUGCAGAAUCUUGACACAAAAUCCAAACUGAGACCCAAACGUUCAUCCACCGAACAGUGUGUCCUUUUCAAGUCCUUGCAAACUCACACUAAUGGGAAAGGCGAGCCUCUGGCAGCUCCAGAAGUAAAUGACAAGGAGAACAGGGAUGUCACAAACGGUGGAGUCAAGAGAUCGAGGCUAGAAAAAAGUGCACUUUUCUCAAGCAUGUUAUCUUCUUUACCACAAGACAAAAUCUUUUCUCCCUCUGUAACAUCAGUCAAUACCAUGACCACAUCUUUCGACACCGCUCACAACAGUUCUCUUUAUCGGCCUUCCGUGUUACAGCCCGUGGCUGAGGGUGCCCCACCCUGUGGUUCAGAGAAAGAACAGCCAAGUCUGCCACCCAGCAACAUAAUGGUCUUCAAUUUCAACUCGUCAGAUACGUCUCAUUCGGGAUUGGAAAGUCUGAGCUCUGUGGAAAAGUACCUGCAAAAAGAGGAAACCAGAAAAGAUCUGGAUUCACGAAGCAACCUACCCAUGCCAAAAACUACAUUUUCUGAAUUUUCAAAACUGAAGAACAAUGGUGAUAUGGAAAAGGCUAAUCAUAUUGAAAGUGUUCUUAAAUCGAACUUGCCGAGCUAUGGAAGCAGUGACACAGACUUCCCCGGUCUUUUCAAAUCCACCCGGUUUGACCCAAGCAUUUCUUUUUCUGGAAUGUCAUUAUCAGAUACAACACCACUUAAAGGAAGUGUCCAGAAUAAAAUCAAUCCCCGACCUGGAAAGGUGGUGAUAUAUGGUGAACCCGACGUCUCAGAGGAGUGCAUUGAAGUGUUCAGUGACAUUGAGGAUUGCAGCUCUUGGAGCCUCUCUCCUGUGAUACUGGUAAAAGCUGUUAGAGGAUGCUGGAUUUUGUAUGAGAAACCAAAUUUUGAAGGACACUCCAUCCCCUUAGAAGAGGGAGAAUUGGAACUGUCUGGUCUCUGGGAUAUAGAAGAUGUUUUGGAAAGAAGCGAUGACGAGGCAGAGUCGGCUAAGCCUGUGGUGAUUGGUUCAAUCAGACUUGUGGUCCAGGAUUACAGAGUUAGUCAGAUUGACUUAUUUACUGAACCAGAAGGGUUAGGACUUCUAAAUUCCUACUUUGAUGAUACUGAAGAAAUGCAGGGGUUUGGUAUGAUGCAGAAGACUUGUUCCAUUAAAGUACAUUGGGGCACAUGGCUGAUUUACGAAGAGCCUGGAUUUCAGGGUGUCCCUUUUAUCCUGGAACCUGGUGAAUACCCUGACUUAUCCUUCUGGGACACAGAGGAGGCGUACAUUGGAUCCAUGCGGCCUCUGAAAAUGGGUGGCCGUAAAGUUGAAUUCCCUAUAGAUCCAAAGGUAGUUAUUUAUGAAAAGCCUUUCUUUGAAGGAAAAUGUAUGGAACUAGAAAAAGAGGUGUGUAAUUUUAUCAUGGAAGGAGGUGAAACAACUGGAGAUGAACAUUUGCCCCUUACAUCAGUGGGAUCUAUGAAAGUUCUAAGAGGCAUUUGGGUUGCUUAUGAGAAGCCUGGCUUUACUGGUCAUCAGUAUUUGCUUGAAGAAGGAGAAUAUAAGGACUGGAAUGCCUGGGGAGGCUACAGUGGAGAACUUCAGUCUUUACGACCUAUAUUAGGUGAUUUUUCAAAUGCUCACAUGAUAAUGUACAGUGAAAAAAACUUUGGAUCUAAAGGUUCCAGUAUUGAUGUAUUAGGAAUUGUUGCUAAUUUAAAGGAGACUGGAUACGGAGUGAAGACACAGUCUGUUAAUGUACUGAGUGGAGUAUGGGUAGCCUAUGAAAAUCCUGACUUCACAGGAGAACAGUAUAUACUGGAUAAAGGCUCUUAUACCAGCUUUGAGGACUGGGGAGGCAAAAAUUGUAAGAUCUCUUCUGUUCAACCCAUAUGUUUGGAUUCUUUCACCAGCCCAGGGAGACGAAAUCAGGUUCACUUGUUUUCGGAACCACAGUUUCAAGGUCGCAGUCAGUGUUUUGAAGAAACAACAAGUCAAAUUGAUGAGUCAUUUUCUGCCAAGUCUUGCAGAGUUUUAGGAGGCAGCUGGGUUGCAUAUGACGGAGAAAAUUUCUCGGGUAAUCAGUACGUGUUGGAGGAAGGCCACUAUCCUUCGCUGUCUGCAAUGGGAUGCCUGCCUGAAGCAACUUUCAAGUCUGUUCGUUUUAUAGAUUUCGAAUUUUCUGAACCAACAAUUAUUCUUUUUGAAAGAGAAGACUUCAAAGGAAAAAAGAUUGAAUUUAGUACAGAAAUAGUUAAUCUCCGAUCCCUAGGAUUCAACACGCACAUACGCUCUGUUCAGGUGAUUGGUGGCAUAUGGGUUACUUAUGAAUAUGGCAAUUACAGGGGUCGACAGUUCCUAUUGUCACCAGCAGAAGUACCUAAUUGGUAUGAAUUCAGUGGCUGUCACCAAAUAGGUUCUCUACGACCUUUUGUUCAGAAACGAAUUUAUUUCAGACUUCGAAACAAAGCCACAGGGUUAUUCAUGUCAACCAAUGGAAACUUAGAGGAUCUGAAGCUUCUCAGAAUACAGGUCCUGGAGGAUGUCGGUGCUGAGGAUCAGAUUUGGAUUUACCAAGAAGGAUGCAUCAAAUGCAGGAUAGCAGAAGACUGCUGCCUGACCAUCGCGGGGAGCCUAGUAACCUCUGGCUCUAAACUGGGCCUGGCGCUCGAACAGAGCGCCGACAGUCAGUUCUGGAGCAUGAAGUCUGACGGCAGGAUCUAUAGCAAGCUGAAGCCAAAUUUAGUUUUAGAUAUCAAAGGGGGUACACAGUAUGAUCACAAUCACCUUAUCCUCAACAGUGUCAGCAAAGAGAAGCUAACACAAGUGUGGGAAGCCAUGGUCCUAUAGACCUGAAUUAAAGAAUGCAGGAGGAAUAUUUCUGGAGGUCUUUCGGCUACCUUAUUUAAACAAAAAAAAAAAAGAAAGAAAAAACAAGGACUGCAGACAGAAGCACCAAGAAGAAAGUGGACCUGCUCCUUCAACAACUCUAAAUUCUCUCUUGAAUCACAGCACCGUGACCAGGACAACCACUCAUCUUCUCAAAAGACUGGAAUCGUUUUAAACCAGUCAUUUAUUCUCCUCUUGUUUCAUCCCUUUCAUUUCUUUUCAGUAGCUGUUUAAACAGGUUGCCUCAUUAGCAGCAAGACUAUGUACAUUUUAAAUUAUUUCCAAAGAUAGAGAACAAGAACAAACUUACCGACCUUGCAGACCUACAAGUCCUGUACUUUAAAGGGAAGGACAGAAGCUUAAGUUUGUAAGGUAGGAGACUGUUCAGCAUCUGAGAAGAAAUCAUUUAUUAGGCCUGUAAUUUUGGUCCUUGAUCUUCUGAUUUCUGGACUUAUUAAUUAUGCCGUAUAGCAAAGUGGGGAAAGCCUUAUCUAGUCAGACCUACCUUAAGCAACUAAGUAUAAACAAAAUGUUUCUGUUAAUAUUAAAAAUUAGGGGACUUCCCUGGGGGUACAGUGGUUAAGAAUUUGCCCGCCAAUGCAGGGGGCACGGGUUCAAGCCCUGGUCCAGGAAGAUCCCACAUGAUGCAGAGUGGCUGGGCCCGUGAGCCACAACUACUGAAGCCCGUGUGCCUAGAGCCCAUGCUCCGCAACAAGAGAAGCCACUGCAAUGAGAAGACCGCGCACCACAACGAAGAGUAGCCCCUGCUCGCCGCAACUAGAGAAAGCCUAUGCAUAGCAGCAAAGACCCAAUGCAGCCAAAAAUAAAUAUAUAAAAAAAAAAUUAGUAUAUUUACAAAGAUAGCAUGUCCAUGUCUGCUAACAUUUAUUAGCAGGACCUGGAUUAUUUUAAGCCACUCUAGAAUGUCACAUGUGAGUGAGUAGUGCUUUUCUUGCAGAUGCUACUGAAACAGUAUUACCAUGACCUAAUUUAUGAGCCCGUCCUCACUCAUCUACAGGUAGUUCUGAAGCAGCGUUACGCAGGCCUUUGCUAAACUCAGGUCUUUUAGCCCAGUUUCCUGCCCUCCUGUCCAGCUGCACUGGCACGAGGCCUGCACGGGGCUGCCUUCCCUGUGAGGCUCCAGGGCCCCGCACCUGCUAUGACUGCUGGGGGACAGCCUCAGGUCAUGUACUUCUGGGAGCAGAAACGAGAGGUGUGGAAGGCUCAAGAGGAUGACCAGCAAUUCUCUCCAGAAAGCGAAAGAAAGGAGACUGAAGCAAUCCUAGCUGGCCAAAUCUCAGAACCCUAAGACGCAGCAAGCAUUUCAGUGGAAAUUGAAAAUGAUUAGCUGCUGAUUGUACACUCCCUGGCCCAGUCAGUCAGUGCUGUUCAAACAAACAGUGAUUCUAGUUUGAACAAAACUGCUAAACAUUCCUUGAAUACACGCUUCCUCUUUUUUGUCCUCAUGUCGUUGUCCUCAUGGAAGAACAAACCUUGUUUCCUUUUUAGCUACUCAGUAUGUUUCCAGUUGUAAAAUGCUGACCCUUUGGAGCCUGUGGGGGGCAGUGGCGGCCAUCAGAGUAGCUUACCUUCAGUUUUAAGAUGUUCGCACACGUCCAGCAGCAGCUGCCACGCGUCUUGUUCUUAGGUGCACAGCUCUGGCCUCGGGCCUUUGUGUGUCUCACUACAGUAAGGUGGGGUAAGACUGUCUAGUCUGUGUUGAAUUUAUCUCUUGAAUAAACUUGUUUCUGGUUAACUGUA